AUGUUCUUAUCUAGAAAAAUAACGCCAACUAUUUCUAGAAAAUCCAUACGUCUCUAUCGACCAUUAAGCACAAUAAGUACCAUACCAAGGGACAUUGAAAAGGUGGAUGUAUGCAUAGUAGGAGGCGGUCCUAGCGGCUUAACCACUGCCAUCAAAUUAAAACAAUUAGACAAGAAAGAUAAAUUGAAAGUUGUAGUCCUUGAGAAAGGUUCAUAUAUAGGUGCACAUUCGUUAUCUGGGAUGAUUUUGGAACCAAGAUCAUUUUUGGAAUUGUUCCCUAAUAUGAAGACACCUCCGACUGAUAUUUUGACUUUGGUACAGGAGGAAGAGAUGAAAUAUUUUUGGAAUGAAAAGCUGGGAAUUCCCAUGCCUCAUGUACCUGGUCUUGAUAAUAAGGGGAAGAAUUAUGUUGGGUCUCAGAGUCAAUUGGUUACUUGGUUAGGUGAAAAAGCGGAAGAAUAUGGAGUUGAAGUCUAUCCUGGUGUCUCAGUCUCUGAAGUUGUAUAUAAUAAUAGAGAUGAUGCUAUCAUUGGGGUGGCUACUAAGGAUUCUGGUAUUUCCAAAGCAGGAGAGGCAAAGGACAGCUUUGAAAGAGGUAUGGAAUUUCAUGCUAGACAAACAGUCUUUGCUGAGGGAUGUCACGGUUCAUUGACGAAGAAGGUUAUUAAAAAAUUUGAUCUAAGAGCUGACAGGUCACCACAGACAUAUGGCUUGGGUAUCAAAGAAGUUUGGCAAGUUAAGCCUGAAGUCUUUAGAAAAGGCUUCAUUUCUCAUACAAUGGGAUAUCCACUACCAAAUGAUGUUUAUGGUGGUGGAUUCCAAUACCAUUUUGGUGAUGGGUUAGUUACCGUGGGUUUAGUCAUUGGUUUGGAUUAUAAAAAUCCGUACGUUUCGCCGUAUCAAGAAUUCCAGAAAAUGAAGAAAAUGCCAUACUAUUCUAAAAUAUUAGAAGGCGGGAAAUGUAUUUCGUAUGGUGCCCGUGCAAUUAACGAAGGUGGUUUACAAUCAGUGCCUAAAUUGAACUUCCCUGGUGGUGUCUUAGUUGGUUGUUCUGCUGGUUUCGUUAACGUACCAAAAAUUAAGGGAACGCACACAGCAAUGAAGACAGGAAUAUUAGCCGCAGAAAAAAUUUAUGAAGAAAUAAGAGAGUUACCCGAGAUUGAGGAAGAAGAAUCGCUAGGAGUAGAUACAUCCAAGACAAAUGAACAGAUAAUAAAUUUAGAAUCUUACGAACAAGCUUUUAAGAAGUCAUGGGUAUAUGAUGAGUUAUAUCAAGUACGUAAUAUAAGGCCGUCAUUUAACUUCUCUCUAGGAGCAUAUGGAGGAAUGGUGUAUUCCGGUUUGGAUUCCAUGUUACUAAAAGGCCGUGCGCCUUGGACUUUUGAAAAUAAAGAAACUGAUUCUUUGAAAACAGGUGCGGCAUCAAACUUUAAGCCAAUAAAAUAUUAUAAGGCAGAUAAUAAGGUAACAUUUGACAUAAUGACAUCAGUGUCAAGAACAGGUACAUACCAUGAUGAGGAUGAACAAUGUCAUUUGAAACUAGUAAAUGGAGAGACAUUACAAAGUCAUGCAGAGAAAACAUAUCCCAAAUACAGAGAAGUGGAACAGAGAUUCUGUCCAGCAGGUGUGUAUGAAUAUGUCAAAGAUGAUAAAUCUUCUGUCGGUUUGAAAUUUAAAAUCAACUCCCAAAACUGCAUACAUUGUAAAGCGUGUGAUGUUAAAACGCCUAUACAAGAUAUCGAUUGGCAAGUCCCAGAAGGUGGUGAUGGUCCGAAAUACACAAACACCUGA